GUCUGCUUCAUCCAACAUGGCGGCAAACUCCAGGAGAAGAUACCACAUUUUGCUAUCGUCUUUUACCAGCGAGGAGAAAGGAAAGUUGUCACAAUCCAUUCAAGAACUUGGUGGGACUUAUUCAGAUACGCCGGUAAGUUAGAAAACUUUAAGUGGUCGUUUACUAAAUGGACAAAUGAUUAAGCUUACUGUUUGCGCGCCUUAAUCAAACAUCGCGCGCUUGAUUUUUACGUCUCUGGGAGUAAGAUAUUAAAGAAAGUAAAGGAUGCUUUGACAAUAGUUGGACUAACGAGGUACCCUGAACGCCUUAGAAUAACAAAAAAUGACAAACUACGCUUUACUAGUCCGUUCUGUUGCGCUUCUCGGCAUUAUUAUACAAGCUUGUGCUUGUGCUUGUGCUGUGAACCAUUUGCUACGUUUUAUGUCGAGGCGGCCGUGCACAAUGGCGUGCAUUAUGUAAGAGUACAGCGAGUUGCAUCUCUCUAGGUCAUAAAUAGUUGACAAAAAGUAUCAUCUUGAAGCUCAAGUUAUUGAACAACUGAGAGUGUUUCGAUGUCAUGUAAUAAUUUGAUGAUUCAUAAACAUGUAUUGGCAACGCGCGCAGUAUGAUAGAGCGUGACCCCUGGAGCGUGACAUUGAUUUUGAAAAUACGUUGCUUUUUUUUUUUUUCUCAGCACUUUAUUCGAAGUUGUUCACAUGUGAUCUGUGGUAAGCCAAGUCGAGGAGAAAAAUUCCUUUGUGGUUGUGCAUCAGGUACAGGCUCUAGUUAUAAAGCUUCUGGUAAAAUAAAAUGUGCGCCCAUACAUGCACGCUGUUGUUGUGGAAUUAAAAUUAUGAAAACAACUGUCCAUUCGUGAAUAUUUUAUCAUUGUAGCUCUCUCCUCAGCAGAGGCUCCCGCUGGGCAUCCCAAUAAAAAUAGCAAUAAUCAAAAAAUAGAAAGCGGACGGGGGAAGAUGGUCUUUUCUUUUUCCAUGUCUCCAGCAAUCUCUAGAAGCCUCUACAGAGGAGAGAGUCAUUGUAGAAAGACACAAAUACAAUAUUACUACAGACUCAGUAACCACCAAACUUUGUUACUAAAAGGUAGCAUUGGUAGUUGCCAAAAAUCUGUGACAGUGGAACCUCGAUAUAACAAACCUCUGAAUGAUGAAGUCCUUGGUAUAACGAAUGAUUUUCUUUAUCCCAGUGAUAGUGAAAUAUUGCUGCUUUGCACAUGAUGUCAUGGCGGCCAUGUUGGUUGUCAAGAACAAAAGCUUUCCUCUUCUCUGGGAACUAGACUCUAUUUUCAUGUAAAUUCUUCAAGAAAAAUUUUAUAUUGUAUUGACCCACAACACGGCUGCCUUGUCACGUGGUUGCAAACCAAAAAUAUGAAAAAGAAGCUUGAUUUAACGAAACCUUGUCAUAGCGAACACAUUUUGCCAGUCCCUUGACCUUUUGUUUGAUUGAAGUUCCAAUGUAUAAUGCUCAUCAGAAGGUUGAAGAGAGUGGUUCCAUUUUUUAUCCCCCAACCUAAAGAUGAUAGGAAUCUGAAACAUCAAAUUUUUGUCAGUGUUCUUUGAAAAAUUGAAUCUGAAGGGUUUGUUCAUUGUUGGCACAUUUAAAAAUUUUUCUGAAGAGUCAAAAUUUUGUCAGAUUCUUUGAGAAAUGUACAAGAAUCCCCUACACUGUAGUUCGAAAACCCAUCAUCCUUAAGGGUCGGGGUGCAAAUAAAAUAUGGAACAUCCCAUGCAGUACAGUGCUGUACAUAUACGUCAUACGAUGUACAUAACGGCUAAAAUAGUUGUUAAAGGAAUAAGAUACUGCACAUGUAUUACAAUCUGGUGUAGAAAAAUUGGGUAUCGUUACCGUCACAUGUCAGCUGUAUAAUAAGAUACUGCACAUGUAUGACAAUCUCGUGUAGAAAAAAUUAUUGGGUAUCAUAACUGUCACAUGUAAGCAGUAUAAUAAGAUACUGCAUAUGUAUUACAAUCUGGUGAAGAAAAAUUGGGUAUCAUAACUGUCUCGUGUAAGCUGUAUGUAGUCAGCAAACUCUGAAAAGAAUGUUACUUUUAUUGGGUGACUUGUGUUGAUGAACGAUAGAAUGUUUUAGCCUAAUAUCAGGAGCUAGAGUGACGAUCUGGUGAGUAUUGAAACGUGUCAGAUAGCAAGCCAGGGCUGUGCAGGUGGCAGAGUAAGGGCCUAGUUAUAUAAUGUGAUCCAGCCGGCUUAGCUGGGAGGUGGGCCUGCCCGCCUUUUCAUGUAUAAACACAAUGACAUUUUUUUGAGAAAACAAGCCCAAGAGCCAAGCAAGCCGGUAAAGCAGGCAAGCCUUGUAACCUGGCGGCUCACCUCAUACAUUUAUAAACAGGUCACAACACACUCUAGUUUUCAUUUAGUCAGUGCCAUGAUGUAAAUAAUUUACUAAUAGUGAUAAUAAAAUUAGUUUUGGAAAUCAUUGAACAAAGCAUAUUAUUCAAGAUUAUGUAGCAAUGUUAUACACAUGUUUUUAUUCCAGGUAAGUGGAUGUUAAAGCGCGAGUUCAUUGAGGACAGCAUUAAGGCUGGAAGGUGGUUGGAAGAGAAGUUGUAUGAGUGGAGUGAACAAGAUGAAGUAGAUGGAGUCUCUGCCAGUCAUAUUGCUGCUCCUGGCCGCUGGAGAAGAAUUCUACAGGAAGAGAGAGGUCCGUUUGAUGGAUGGAAAGCACUGGUGGCUGUGGCAGAUGCUAAGAGAAGAGCCGCGUACAAAAGGCAAGCCACAGUACACUGUGUUUUAUAUUUUAAUACCUACAGUGUAAGAGAAGCUGUACAUGUAUACUGGUUUCCAACAUUUUGCAAAAAAACAUUCUCAGAUUUUUGGCAGUGUUUCUGGCUAAUAAGUUUUACAACAAUUGAAAACUUCCUUGCAAGUGAAGGUUAGUGCUUGAAACAUGAGCUGCCAUUAUUUGUGGCUCGCUCUUAGAUGGACACUGAUCCCAUGGCUGGCAAACACUGCCACCCAGCCAUGAGCCCCCAUGGAAGCCAUGUGGAAGGGGAAGAGAACAGGUCCCUGUCACACUUAUAAACAGUGAAAGAGGGAGAGGCUUAUUAAAAGAGCUCUAAGCUCUUUUAAUAUUGCUAAAGAAAUGCUCAUGCUCUUGCCAAAUACUACAGCACACUUUGGUUUGCACAUGGAGUCCUGGUGCAUGCACAUCAUGAAGUAUCACUGACCGCAAAGGAAGCACAAAGCUCCUCAUUGUGAACUCUGCUAAAUUCCAUACAACCAAACCACACAUACAUGUACUGUAGGACGCAUUGAUCAGAUAUGCCGGUCUACAGCUGUACAUAACACAGUUUGAACUAUGUGUGUACAUGUACUUGUAAUCAGAGACUCUCUAAUUCAUGUAAUGGUUUAUUGCUUACAUAUACAAGGGCCUAAUUGCACAAAACAACAGGCAAUGAUUCACAUUUACAUGUAAUCUUGAGUUGCUUCAUACAACCCCACCCUAUUAACUUGAAUAAAAAUAUCUGAUGCUAGAUCGUUAGUUGAUUGUUCAUGUAUUUUCUGUCACCACUGUUAGGUUGUUAGAGGUAGGAGGAGCUGUGAUGGUGAGUGGGAAGCCACCAUACCCAUCCAAUCUUGCUUCAAAACUGACACAUGUGUUUGUGGAGAAGGCUUUUGAAGAUGAUGUGAAGAUUUUACAGAAUGCUGGAGUCCUUUGUCUUUCUCCAGAUUAUAUUCCUGAAUUUAUACUACAAGUGAGUGCUUAAUGCUUUGUCUUAAGUGAAGGAGGAAGUAAUGAUGUAUUAUAACUCACCUGUUCAUUAAGGAACAGGGAAUAGGAACCCUCUGAAUGAUUUCAACUUUUUAUGGGGGUUGGGGGGUUUCAUUUACAAGCCCACGAUAAUUACACAGGCUCGGGAAAAAUCAGGCCAUACAACACCAGACAUCCACGGGGUCUAAGCUUUUUGUGGCUUGGUAUCUGAGUUUUCCAGACAUCCCAGGGAGUGUUGCUGUUUAGUUGAAGUCUAGUCAAGCCAAUAAAACAGAAUGCAUGGCCUCAUGUUUGAUUUGAAAUGCUAGGACCCUGCCCCUCCUGUUGCAACAUUUUCCAUCACAUCUUACGAGUCUCCAGUUAGAAGUCUUCAGAGGAUCACUGGCAAACUCAAGAACACUCCUGUCCUGGGUAGUGAUGUCACAGAGUCAAGAAUUGGAAAGCAAAGUAACACACAUGCAAUGUCAACAUCUAGAAAGAUAAAGGCAUCAUCUGUAUCCCUAGGUCCUAUUGAGCCCCCAAGCAAGAGACAAAAGCAGGUACUAGUGAAUUCAUAGAUAGACCCUUACCUAUUCUUUAAUCACCUCUGUGGUAUUGGAAGCUACAGUUGUUUUAAAAACAGCCUUGAGGGUCUCAAAGGUUGGUGUUUGGCCUACACAUACUAUAGGGCCUACACAUACAGGGGCCGGAAUCACCUCACUCUGUCAAAACUCUGUUAAUUAAAGAGACUUCUCAUUUUGUGUUCAGCUUUUUUUACCAGUAAUAUUAUACAAAUUAUUGUAUAAAUGCCAUGUAGUUGCCAGAUAUAAGGUCCUGAAAAAUGCACAGUUCAACCGUGGAAAUCCCACUAAUUACAUGCUUCCCUUUUGCAAAAUCAUCUACAGCACUGUACAUGACUUGUAUGCUUUUUUAGGGCCUGGAUUCCAGUUUUGUAAAUUACAGAUGGCAGCCCAGAUUGAUUGCACGUGUGUUUAGUACAAGCGAGGUACAUGUAUGUGAAAUAAUUAUGGUCAAUUUAAUAAUUUAUUACAAUGUAACUGCAUUUUACACCUGUUAAAAUAUUGUCAUUGCAGUUGCAUUAAGUGCAUAUGCAUUUACACUACCCAUGCAUGUAUGUGUUUGUUUAGUUAUUUCAUGCAUAUACAGUGCACUUGUAAAUAGAACUUAUUUUUUUCCAAAAUAAGUAUGCCCCGACAAUAUCAUUAAUUUUUCUUUAUAGGUGUGUGGAGAUGAGUUUCCAGCUUAUGUUUUAAACUCAAUUGAUGGUUAUGUGGAGGAAUCUCACCAGUCCACUGUCUUGGAUGCCAUAUCUUCUUUUCUAACCUCCAAGCGGUAUCCUCCUCCACGACUGCUUCACACCAUCAUGGACAUCCUUUUGGUAAAUUUGACUGCUUGUUCUUGAUUGCACAUGAUAUUAACCUUUGUAAGGGUAUAUAAUUAAAACUAAAAAAUACUUAGCAGUUAUUGAACAAGGCUGAGCAGGGUGUGAAGAAUUAUGCAGAUCAAAGUGGAUGUAACCCACCAAGGCGGAAGGCCAAGGUUAUGGUUGAUAACAUCCUUCGACAUCUGCAUAAUUCUUCACAUAGUAUGAAAGCCAAAUUCAUUUUUUUAUUAUUAUUCAUUUAUUCUUAACGAGCUUACCUCCUAAUAGACUUUCUCCUAAACUUUGGCCUAUUCUUGGCAUGGUUUCACAAUAUAAACAGAUACUCCUCAAAAAGUAGAUAACAUCCAUCGAUCAAAUGUUUUCUUCAUUUUUGCCUUCAGAUAGCUGUGAUUGCUAUUCUUUAGUUCACUGUAGGCGGCCACGCCUGGAAAAGAGGUUGAUUGAUGGUGUAUUGCCUAUGCAACCCUCUUUCCAGGCAAAUAUUAUGCAAUGUAUCGUCGAUCAGCCUUGCUUCCAAGUCAAUAUACAUGUACCAUUGAAUCAAUGUAUACAGUACAUUGCUCACAUCUUCCAAAUUUGGGUAAGGCUGGUUGGUUAUGAAAAAUUAGCCAGGAGACUUAAAGCCAAUCAAAUAGUAAUUUUUCCAAGUGCCACUGUUGAUCGUCUGAAAAGCAGAGAUAAUUAACUUGAUAAUGAAAUUAUAAGAACUUCUUUUAUUAAACUAGCUUCAAUGAGACCACAUUUCAACAUAGUUUUUAGUUCACAACUGCCUUAACAGAGAUUUCACGCAGCUUCCUUUUGUAACUAUAGCUGUAGCCAGUUCCCAUGAAUGAAUUCUGUCCCAACAGUUGCAUGUGUUGAAUACAGCUGUAAGUGCUAAUCACACUACUGCUUCCACUUGCCAGUCCAUUUUACCAUUCUGCAGAAGUCUGCAUACAAUAUGUUUAUUAUAUAUAUAGUAUUUAUUUCCACUCAUACAUUAUCUGUAAGUUUCAAGUACAUGUACAAUUCAUGACUGUAAACUACAACGUCCAGGUUCUUUUAAGCAGACUUCUGUUUAAAAGAGUUGUUUAUUGUACUUUAAAUACUUGUAUAUUGUAAUAUUUUUCAGAAAUCAUCUUCUGCCCAGGCUGCUAAAGCUUUUCUGCUGCUCCAGCAACUCCUGGUAUUACAUCCGCCCUCUCACAACACCUCUCUGUACCAGUCCAUGCUCAAUGUACAAGUUAAUUCCCAUGUGACUCCAGUAGAGAACAUUGGCUAUGAGUGGGAAUUUUUCAAGUCACUCUGCAGGUACUGAUUUUAGGGUUUUUUAGACCUGGUGGCACCAUUUUUUUUCUCACGUGUUUGUAAUUUUGUAUUUUUUUUUACACUUUCUUUUGUUUUUCAGUAAGAAGGAUCAAAACAGCCUACUCCUGUUACGGUUUGUUAUCACAACACUCGAGAGGGAUUUCCAUGAUCGUACCUGUAAUAGGUAGGCUGAUAUACAAUAUUUCCUUUAACUUAUUUUACUAACACAUGAAUCUCCUGACUCUGACACAAAGUUCUUCUCCCUGUUUUUUUCUAUACUGCUGUAAAAAAAUUAUGCUUUUUAAUGCAAGAAAACAUAUUUUUUGCCCAUCUUUCAGCAUGUUAUCAGUUGGUGAAAAUUUGGAUGCGCUUAAAAAGUCUCUGCUGUGGUUAAUGUUUUGGCCAAGCUCAUCCACAGUCUCUUUCAAUACACGCCUGCGAGAGCUCUUUAAACUAACAUGGAGUGCUUGUGAUGACCCAAAUCAGGUUAGUGACAAGGACAAAUGCUUUGACAGUACUGGUAUCUGUUGAACUGAAUGAACUGAAUGGGUGAGUGCUUGGGUUUUUUUAAAGGGGAAGGGAGCUUAUGGAUGGACCUGUCAGUUUCAAAAUGUUCGACCUUAUACAUUGUACAUUUUUAAACUUAACAUUUUUUAUUUCAGGUUUUUUUAGUGCAGAGUUUGCAAAGUGUUGUCUCCAUGGCAUCUGAGUGCUAUAUCCUUACUGACCUGGUGUCAUUAAAGUGUGAUGAGGUUGGUUUGGGCAGCAGGUUAAGUGAGCGCUCAAGAACCUUUGUGACUGAGCUGGCCUAUGGAGGGACACACCAUGAAGCUUCUAUGAAUCGUUUUUUAGAGACAUGCUCCCCCUGGCUUCAGAUGCAUAUAGCUGAAAUUCUCCUGGCAAACUACACUGAUCUGUCAGUACCUUUUGAGAAACGCCAUUUAAAAAGCAAGACUUUAUCCUUAGAGAAAAUUGUAAGUAACGCAAUAUUGACUCAAUCGGUUACUAGUAAAAAAAUUUAUAUAUUCGUGAUUCUGUACAGCUAUGAUAAUUGAUAUUGAAUCAAUCGGCUACUAAUAAAAAAAUUUAUAUAUUCGUGAUUCUGUACAUCUAUGAUAAUUGCACAAAGUUUUUUAUUAGGGGAGUAUACUUUUUUCGUUUUGUUAGGUCUGUUAUCAUUUCUUUUUGGCACCAAGAAGAAGUGUUGACGAUGUUACCCCUAAUGUUGCUAAGGGUAACAAACGCAAAGGAACUCCACUACAGGAUAUAAAAAGGUAAGUCAUGAGGUUGAAAAUCUAACUGCUCAAAUAAUCAAUUAGACUGAAGACUAGCUGAUUGGAUGCAUCGAGGUUCUGUAGGACCCCACAAACUCCUUUGCUCUAUGGCUGGGCUAAAAUACAGGUCACUUUUCCACAGGUCAGAGUACAGAUUAUUACAGGUUAUACAGGUAAAUGAACAGCAAUAAGUGUCUCCUAACCAUAAUCUCUUAACAAAAGUAAAAUUCUCCAUUAGAUUGGGGGAAAUCUGUGUGCUUGGUAAUUUAGUGAUGGCGCAGUGACCUGUACUCUUGACCUGUGGAAUGUGACCUGUACUUUAGAUCCACCACCAUUUUGCUGUGAAUGUAUACUGUAGUUCCAACUGCAUUCGCAUUCUGCAACAGUAAGAAUGAAAUGAGGUUGAUUUCAUCACCCCCAUGCAAGCCUUGACUUGGUUCCAUUGUUUACAGGCAUGUAGGAAAGGGUUGCUGAUUGAUUGAUUAAUUUGAUUGUGUAAUCACCAUUUUAGUUUAUCCAUCUACUUUUCCUGAAUAUGGAGGCUUUGUUCAUUGUUUUUAGGGACAACAUAAACAUGAAGCUGAAUGGCGUCACUGAAAUUGAUCGCCGUAAUAUUAAAGGUAUAGUUAAAAAGAUUACAGCUUUUGAUUGUUUCCGACUGCUAUGUUUAUUCUGGUUUUGCUUCUUUGUUUACUUAAACUAUACGAAACUUUGAAACUCUCCAUUGUAGAAGAGUUGACUAUAUAGUAUAUGUGGCCAUGUUUUCUUUGUAUCAGGAUACCCUAUUCCACUGACAAUAUCAUUCUUUCCUUCCUUCCUCUGUGCUGACUUUCUGUCCAAAAUUUAAUUUUUACUGAGAAGUGAAAAUUCUGACAAAGGAAUGUUUUUGUGUGGUUCAUUGUUCUCAGGUGAAACAAAGCUGCAUGUUGCUUGCAUUAAAAAUGAUGCUGUAAAAGUGAAACAGUUGCUUGCAGCAGGAGCAGAUGCUAACAUCACAGAUCAUGCGGGGUGGACACCCCUGCAUGAGGCCUGUAAUCAUGGUCACGUGGAGUGCGUGCGAGAAUUGCUGAAGGCGAGGAGGCUUGUUUAUGAAAUAAAUGCUGAGGAUGGUAUGUAGUUUUCAAGAACUGGUUGUACCAUAUUAGUUCAAGUAAAGGGAAUAAUGUUGGGUUGUCCUGGUGAAAUGGCAUGCAUCUCACUUAAUUACUUUCAAUAUGAGCUGAAUUACCCCCACACAUACAACCAGACUGGAUACAGGUACUGUCUAGUUUGAGCAAAACAGACAACUAUUAGUGUGGGAAUCAAGAACACGGUAGAUUGCAUAUAAAUUUCAUAGGCCCCAUUUUGGAUUAACGUCACUGACCUCACAGGCUCUCAUAAAUGAAAUGCAGCAAAUGGAAUUUGUCAAGGAAAGAAGAUAUUAUCGCUCAUUGGCCCACAGUCAAUGACAGACAUUAUGGGCAUUUCCUUAUUCCAUUAAUCAGUUACUCUUAUAAGAUGGCAUAACAGUUCCUUACUAUACUACUACAUUAUUUUUAUUUGUUGUCCCCAGUAUGACGUGACUUUUUAUUUCCUUGCUUUCGUCCUUUGGAGCUUUGUUUCUUUUUUGCAAGUAUUUCCAAGUAAUAAUGCAGCCUAAUGCAAGGUUGUUGGGACUAUUUUGUUUGUUUUUAAGUUGUAAUUGCUUCUCUGUGUUUAAAAGAUUCCUGCCGUGUGCUUAAUGUACUGGCAGCUCCAAGGUGUGGUACAACACCUCUUCAUGAUGCUGCUGGCAACAAUCACAUGCAAGUGGUCAAGGAACUUGCAGCUGCUGGAGGUUAGUUGAAUACAUGUAUGUUAAUUUUUUCAGGAAUAAGAAAAUCUACUUGAGGUGACGCUGCAGUAACAGAAAAGAGGAAAACAUUGUAGUUUAUCCAUAGAUGGCGGGGUAAACAAUACUCCUUGAAUUUUCUCUUAUCCUUUCAUCUCCAAAAUAUAAAAUAAUAUUGUAGUAUAGUUGACGCAAGGAACUAGGUUGCCAAAUGCUAAAUCAAUAUUGAAAGGUGUGUCACUUCUGCAGCAGUUCCUUGUCUUACAUGGACUUUAAAUAAGUAAUCUUAUUAACUUUACACUUUCAUUCUUUUAAGGCAUACGUUUGCUGGAAGCCAAAAAUACUACUGGAAAAAAACCAUUGGACUUAACAAAAGAUAGAAAGAUUACAAAAUUUCUUCAGUCCAUGGAAGGCAACAAUGGAGAUUCAUCAUUUAAUACACAUUCUAAUCAGGUGGCCUCCAAGUACACUACACAAGAGUGUGAAGAGUUUCUCUUGAUACUGUCUCAUUUAGUGCAGUCAUACUUCCGUGUCACAGGAUACCCAACUGACAACCCACUUUGGACAAACUUCAUAGAGCAUGUUGAUAAUUUAGAGAGUCACUUGACUUGGAUGUUGAAAGACAAUCAUCUUUCAUCAGCUCUUAAUAUCAGACUUGCUACCCUGAGGAUGUUGACAAAUACUUAAACCUAAAAUGCUGUUUGGUUGGUUCGUGUUCUUUAUUUUCCCUUUCUGAUUUGGAUGAUUUGUAAAAAAAAUGCUACAGAUUUUAUUUCUUGUUGCGUUUUAUGGAGAUGUGUCAUCUCAGGUCAAAAGGAUUUGCCAUGACUUCUAAGACUGAUCACCUUGCAAGUCGUAAAACAAAAUGUGCAAAAUAUGCCAAGUUGCUGUAAAGAAGGU